AUGGCCAAUCGCUUGCAACUUAGCAAAUCUAAAUCCACAACAAUAAUUUCGGGAAUAGGAGCAUCUGAUAUUUUAUCAAAGGAAAACGUUAUUUUGUACAUGCAGGCCUCUGAUGGGUCCUAUUCCACAUCGCUUUCGGCUGUCAUUGUGCCAACCAUCACAACAUUGCAGCCUGAAACAAAUUUGUCGAACGUUAAGUGGAAUAUUCCGGCAAAUAUCACGUUAGCGGAUCCUUCAUUUUUUCGCCCACAGAAGAUUGACUUAUUAAUUGGUGUAAGUUUAUUCUUCGAACUAUUAUGCGUGGGGCAAAUUUGUCUGAAACAAGGCCUUCCAAUAUUGCAAAAAACAAGACUAGGAUGGAUUGUGGCAGGAAAGGUUGAAGUCGGGUCUUCGAAAGCAGUAGUCUGCGCUGCUACUUCAAGUAACUACGCGGACACUUCAUUAAACGAUUUAGUCAAAAGUUCUUGGGAGAUAGAAGACUGUGCUGAGGAAAACAUAAAGCGUACUAAAGAGGACCUGGUUUGUGAGGACCACUUUGUUAGCAAUUUUCGUCGGUUGGAUACAGGAGAAUACGUAGUUAGAUUACCAAUAAAAUCCACCAUUUCGAAUUUAGGUGAUUCUUAUUCAAAUGCGGUUCGUCGAUUUAGAGGUCUAGAGAAGCGAUUUUCACAGAAUCCUGAUUUGAAAGCGGAAUACUCUGCCUUCAUUAAGGAGUAUUUAGAACUUAAGCAUAUGUCGUUGAUUAAAACUAUUCCCCCCGGGGUUCACAUAAACUUUUUACCGCAUCAUUGUGUAUUGAAAGCAGAUAGCACCACAACUAAACUUCGUGUGGUUUUUGACGCUUCUGCUCCGACUUCCACAGGCGUUUCGUUAAACGAUAUCUUACUUUCUGGUCCUACCAUACAACCAAAGCUUGUUGACACCCUUUUGAGGUUUCGGUCCCACAAAAUCGCUAUAACAGCAGAUAUUUGCAAAAUGUACAGGUGCGUAAAGGUGGACGAAAACGACAGUUUUUUACAGUGCAUACUCUGGCGAGAGCGGCCAGAGGAGGAUUAUCGAAUUUAUAGAUUGGAUACCGUGACCUACGGAACCAAACCAGCGGCAUUCUUAGCCAUUCGGGUGAUGCAUCAGUUGGCAUUUGAUGGGGCAUGCAAUUAUCCUCUAGAAUCAGAGAUAGUUUUGAGAGAUUUCUAUGUGGAUGACCUUAUCUCGGGGGGAAAGUCAGAAAAUGUAGCAUUGCAAAUAAUGACGCAAACACAAAAACUUCUGGAAAAGGGAAAUUUCAUACUUAGAAAGUGGUGUUCAAAUAACGAAAAGAUCCUUCAAGGAAUUGAGUUAUCUAAUCGGCAACAAUAUUUAAAGUUCAGUGACGGCAAUAGCAUCACAAAGGCUUUGGGUAUAGUUUGGGACCCUAAAAGGGAUGAACUUCAAUUCGAAUUUAGCUUACCCCCUCCGCCCAGACGGGUAACAAAACGAAGCGUGCUGUCAGUAACCGCUAGUUUCUAUGAUCCUCUUGGUCUAAUUGGUCCGGUGGUGUUAAAAGCGAAAGUCUUUUUGCAAAGCUUAUGGAAAGAAAAUUUAACAUGGGAUGAAAGCCUUCCGUCUUAUUUACAAUUUGCAUGGACAAAAUUGUGCGACGAGUUGAAUUUUGUGGAUAAAAUUUACUUUCCCCGUUUUGUAGAACUUGGUGCGGGCGAAGCUCAAAUGCAUGGAUUUUGUGAUGCUAGUAUGGCAGCUUACGUAGCGUGCGUUUACGUUCGAGUAAAACUGCAUAAUGUCGUGCAUGUAAACCUGCUCUGCUCUAGAUCCCGAGUAGCACCACUAAAAUCUUUAUCGAUUCCGAAGUUGGAACUUUGUGCGGCUAAAUUAUUGGCUGAUCUGAUUUCUUCAAUACAAAGGCUGAGCCCAUUUACAGGAAAAUUUGUUUGCUGGUCAGACUCAACAAUUGCGCUUUCAUGGAUAAACGGCAUUGCAGCAAAUUACAAUACAUUUGUGGCCAACCGAGUUAGUAGCAUCCAAGAUCUUACUCAGGGCAUGAAUUGGAAACACGUCACUACGGAGUGUAACCCUGCAGAUCUUUCGUCUAGAGGUUGCUCACCCAGUGAGCUAAUGUCGUCGUCGCUGUGGAAACACGGGCCCGUCUUCCUGAAAAAGGAGGAGUGUGAAUGGCCCAAGCUAGCAAAGCUCGAAAGCGCUUUGUUAGAGAAACGGCGUACCAUGCUAAUCGCAUCAUCUAAUUUUCGAUCUAUGCAGAGAAUUUAUGCUUUUGUUAAUCGUUUUAUUAAAGGAAGAUCAUCGAAGAGAUCGGCUCUACUAAGUUUAGACGAAAUCGAAACUGGGACUAAGUUGCUCAUUCGGAUGGUUCAAAUGGCUUCUCUACCAAAGGAGUAUGCAUCACUUAAGGCUGGACGUUCGAUUGAGUCAUCAAGCAAAAUCAGCUCAUUGAACCCGUUUUUAGACUCCGGUGGAAUGAUUCGUGUUGGAGGACGCCUUCAAAACUCAAGUUUGAAUUUCAAUGCCAGACAUCCGAUCAUACUGCCCAGAUACCAUCCACUUACUAGAAGUAUCAUUGAGCACUAUCAUCGCAAACUAUUGCAUGCCGGACCCCAAGCUUUACUUGCAACCAUUCGUCUGCAAUAUUGGCCUAUUGGAGGGAGGAAAGCUGUAGCUCACGUACUUAACAAAUGUAUUCAGUGCUUUCGCGCCAAACCGAAGUUAUUGCAGAAUAUCAUGGGUGAUUGCCAGCAGAACGCGUUCAGAUGCAACGUUUUGUUAUAA